UACUGUUGUACAGUUUUGAACGGUUUGCACGUGCUUAUGGUAGAUGAGGUCUUCGAGACCGUCGCCGCGAUCACGACUGUACAAGCACUGGCGUGGAAAGAGUAAGUUCUACUGUGCUGGCCGCUGCAUCACGGGCGGAGAGGGCGAGUGCCCCAUUGCGUGCUUGGGUGGUUUGAGCUGUGCGAGUUUAGCCACCUGGAUUUGCAUUCUCGUUCCAAGCGCCUUGUACUUCGCGUUUGUCUUGCCACGUUUGCAGAGGCAGAAUGCCCCAGCUUUGCUGGUGCCCGCCUCGCUUGCGCUAUUCGUGGCGACCGUCUUUUUCCUACUGGCUACGUGCUGCAGCGAUCCAGGCAUCAUUCCACCAAGGAAAUUCGUGUUGGCAACAGGCAACCGGGCUCAACUAGCCGAGCUUCUGGGCUACGAUCUCCUUGGGCCAACUGGAGAGGAACCUUGCGGAGACCCUUACAUGGAUGCUGCAAACAUGGUGCCAGAGGCACUUCGCGCAGAAGGAUACCGUUGGUGUCACACCUGUCAGAUCAUUCGACCUCCACGCGCAUCGCAUUGCAAAGACUGUGACCAUUGCGUGCUGCGGUACGAUCAUCAUUGCCCUUUCGUGAACAAUUGCGUGGGCCAACGGAACUAUCACUUUUUCAUCGGUUUCACGACCGUGGCCAUUUUCCUGGCAAUUAUUGUUUUGCCAGCAAUCCUGUGGACCUUCUCCGGCGAGGGUGAGAACGGUGAGAACAAAGAGGCUCACGGCUCAUUUGGCUGGUAUCGUGUGGUGGUGCUGCUCGGCUGCGUUGCAGUGGCAGUUGCGGCCCUGAUGUUGGUUCUGCUUUGGAUCUACCAUCUUUGGCUGGUCUUCAAUGGCAAGACAACCAAGGAGCACUGGAGACAGUUGGACCUCGACAGCGAGCCCACUUUGCUGGCACCUCGGGGCCCUCGGUUGUUGAGGCCUUUCGAUUUAGUCGACGAAGAUGCUCUGGCUUGAAAUCUUUGGUUUUCUGGAGCAAAAUUCAAUAAGUUGGCUCAGCGGGGUCAUGUUUUAGGCUCCUGGGUCUGUGGUUGUCCAGGAGGGUUUGCACAGCGUUGGAGAAGGCAUUCACUCAUUACGUUACAGUGCAACACUAAACACGUCAAAAUGCUUGCAUGACAUUUGACAAAACAAUGAUGCCUCUGAUUUAAAG